AUGAUGUACUUCCGUGCCAUUGAGAGCGACGUUCCAGGAUUGGUUGACUUGAUCGGCGAUUUUCCGAGUGGGAUACUCAUCGCACCACUUGCCAGCUGCAUUGACAAGAGAGCGCACGUCAUCUUCGUAGCAUCUGGCGUUCUGACAAGGAUUCCAUUCGGGGCUUUAAAGUACAAGGGCCAGUACCUCGCGCUGCAGAAAAUGGUGUCCCAGGUCCCCAGUCUACGAGCCCUGCAUUUUCUGCACCAGAGACGCUCGUGCAGCCCCGAGCCGCGUAGACUGCGGCUCAACGCUGUUGCCCAACCUGGAGCGGCAGGAAACCAAUGGCUCCCCAUGGCUGGGCUGGAUGCCAUGCGGAUCGCCAACAUUGGCGGGUCGGCACUGUGGACUGAGGAGGUCAGUCAGCAAGGAUUCCGCGACCUAAUCCGAGAUUCCGAUUCCCUACACAUUUGCACGCACGGUCGCUACGAUGCUGACUUUCCAUUCAAUUCACACCUGUUGCUCAAAGAUCCUUUCAGAGUUUUGGAUAUGAUGGCAGUACAGUCUGAAGUGCUGCUGGUUACCUUCCGUGCCUGUCUCAGCGGUGUGGGUCGCGCAUCCGACGCAGGAGAUCUUCAAGGCUUCUCUCACGCCGUGGUGGCCGCGGGUGCAAACUGCUAUCUAGGAGCGUUAUGGGAAGUCAACGACGUAGCAACUAUGUUGCACAUGUCCAUGUUCUACAAAUGCCUCGUCCAGGCUCAACUCAGCUGCACAAUAGCGUUUGCGUGGGGCGUUGCCACGAACUGGCUGUAUCAGCUUUCCGUGGAUCAAGCCAUCGAACAGCUCAGGAAGUUCAUGCAGCUCUGGGAUCAAUGGGCACACAACGGAAGAAAGCCAGCUGAUCUGACGGGAAAAAGCGCGAAAAGGAAGUUGCCAAGGGUCAUCACCGACUGGGAGCAUGGUAAGAAAGUUUUCGAUUCCAAGAGUCCGCGCAUAUAG